AUGGCUUUCACCAUGUUGCGCCCGGUCGCCGCUCGACACUUCUACCCGGACAUCAGUCUGCACUCGGACGACGACGAGAACAAGAGCGAGAGUGAUGGCUCGGACCGGUCCUUUGACUGUUGCAACGGCGCGGCGAAGAGGAGGAAGGUGUCUUUCUCCAAGGGCUCGGUGGUGGUGAAGCACAGGCAAGCGGCCAACGCCAGGGAGAGGGACAGGACUCACAGCGUCAACACCGCUUUUAGCGCCCUCAGGACACUCAUUCCCACCGAGCCCGCCGAUAGGAAGCUCUCCAAGAUCGAGACCCUGCGCCUGGCGUCCAGUUACAUCUCCCACCUCGGCAACAUCCUGCUGGUGGGGGAGGAGGGCGCGGACGGACAGCCGUGCCUCACCGCCGUCUACAGCAGCCAGCCUGGGUUUGAGGGGCAGCAGCCCAGGUCCAUCUGCACGUUCUGUCUCAGCAACCAGAGGAAAGGGGUCAAAGAGAAGGACGCGAAGAGCGGGUUUUCAAAGAUCAGGGGACAGGCUUCUCUGCGGAUGCAGCGCCAGUGAAUGCGGAGCGAGAGGCGGCGAGAGACCGAGGGAUGCCCCGUUAGCAAAGCGUCGCUGGCGGCCGGCCUAAAGACUCAGCGGUCAAAAGCGGGCUGACACCGCCAACAGAUUACGCGUGGCAAGCUUUUUUAUUUUGUUUGUACAGGGAGUAUGGACACCGACUUGGGGGCCGCCCGUCCUCCACACAUCCAAGAACUCCUAGCAGUUUUACCUCCCUCCACGGAUGAGGUGCCACGGGGCUGUGAGCGAUUGCAGAGAGCGCGGGCGAGAGUGACACUUUAACAAUGCCGAAGUCUGUCUCCAUUUGGGGAGAUUUGACCCUUUUCUAAGUUUUUGUGUUCCGUUUGUUGUAAAUUUUUUUUUUAC